AUGAGGGACAAUCAAACGUUCCCCAAUGAUCCACAGCAGGAGGAAAUCGGCUUGGAGAAGUCAGGAGAUAUAUGUGCUCUUCAAAGACACCGAUGGGACGUAUGGCUCAAGCAAGACAUCAAGGACUGGAAGCUUGACUUUAUAAGGGUACUUUUCAUAACCGAAACUCGGCUGCGCGAGAAUACUCAACGAGAGAUGAUGUUAAGGGAGAAACUGCAAAGGCUAGAGGAAAGUCCUACCCACUAUAAAGCGGCCGAGAUCCAGGAUCUACGGGACAAGAUUCAAAUUUCCUCGGAGCAAUACUGGUGGAAGGAACGAUUUUGGUGGGUGAUAGCCCGUUCACGAGAGGCAUCGACUUUUGGCGUUCAGAGCCGAAAUGGUAUAUGCAUCGUGUGCUUGUUGAAGACUGUGCUCCAAUGGGAGGAUGUUGCGGAAGAAAUUGUGGAUGUUGUUCAAGCCGCGAGAAUAUACUCGGACGAAAGCUUGCAGCUGGUCAUUGCACUGUUGAAUGUUCUUGUUGUGAGAAAGCUCGGGGAUUUGAACUCAGCCCUAAGCUUAGGUCGAGACUAA